AUGAGUGGACGUAGAAACACCGCAGCUAAUUUAUUGUUACGACAGUACAGAGAGCUUACAGACCCAAAGAAGGCUAUUCCAUCAUUUCACAUAGAACUAGAAGAUGAUUCUAACAUCUUCGUGUGGAAUAUUGGAGUUAUGGUCUUGAAUGAGGAUUCUAUCUAUCAUGGUGGGUUUUUCAAAGCACAGAUGAGAUUUCCAGAGGAUUUCCCCUUUUCGCCACCACAGUUUCGUUUCACACCGGCGAUUUAUCAUCCAAAUGUCUAUAGGGAUGGUAGACUUUGUAUUUCCAUCUUGCAUCAAAGUGGAGAUCCGAUGACGGAUGAACCUGAUGCAGAAACUUGGUCCCCGGUGCAAACAGUUGAAAGUGUUUUAAUAUCCAUAGUUUCUCUAUUAGAAGAUCCUAAUAUAUCAUCACCGGCAAACGUUGAUGCUGCCGUUGAUUAUAGAAAGAAUCCAGAUCAGUACAAACAGAGAAUUAAAUCAGAAGUUGAUAGAUCAAAGCAAGAUUUACCACCAGGCUUUAUCAUGCCAACUUCCGAAUCUGCAUAUGUUUCUAAUACGGGUAAAAAGGAGGAGACUGAAGAUAAUAAGGAUAUUGCAGACAAUUUUUGGUAUGAUAGUGAUUUGGAUGAUGAUGAAAACGCAGAGGGAUUGCAAGACGAUUCUUUUGACUACGACGACGAAGACGUUUAUAACUACCAGGGAACUUAUGGAAACGACGAUGAGGAUAACAUAGAGUUUGAAGAUGACGACGAAAGCAUGGAUAAUGACAGUGUAAUGGAUAGAAAGCAACCUCACAAGGCAGAGGAGGAAAGCGAAGAUCUAGAAGAAGUAGAAAAGAUUGGGAAGAAAUAG